UGUCUUGUUGCCUGGAGAUAAGUAAAAUGGAGUCGGAAAUCGCAUUUUAAAGUCCUUCUCUGUCAGCCAUGUUGGCUCAACCCGACCUGUCAUAUGAUGUUUGGCGACAUAUGAUGCAAGCCGGUCUUGAUCCAAAAUGUCGUCAGUUCAGGACGUAAUCGUAACGCACUCUCUGCCCCGCGCCUGAUAUCUGUGACGCGAUUGCGGCGGACCUUCAGAGCUCGAGCUCGGAACGGCAGCGGGAGAGAAGUCAUCGCUUCUCCUGCUGCUAUUUAGCACACUGCGUAGGGUCACAGCAGGUUGAUCCUGGAACCAGCUGUCCUCCCAAGAUGAACCCGUAUGAGUGAAUGCGAGCCUGCUCCAUAAGCUGUUAGCUUCCAGUGGUCAAAGCCAUGCCUGAAGAUUAGAGCCUCGUCUUGCUUAAAGCAAUACAAAUAUACAGAAGAUUCUACAUGAGUCUUCAUGUAGACCUUCUUGUGUUUGUCCUGCUGGAUUAAGUCCUUCCUCCCCUGCUAUAAAAUCAGCUCUGUCCCCUUCAUACCACUCCCUCUUGCACUUUCAUGUCCACCUGGGAACAUGCAGCUGCAUUUGAGAAUGGCUCCAACCUAGUCUCAUGCGUCCAAUGAGUGGCGAGUCAGACGGCCCUGCUCCUGAAAGAGUCUCGCAGGCCUUCCCUUUGUCAGGCCCUGUGUCCUCCUCAGAGAUGUCCUCACUGCAGUCACUAGGGCCAGUGCAGAGCUGGCUGGGUCAGGAGCUGGAGAAAUGUGGCAUAGAUGCAAUGAUCUACACCCGCUAUGUCCUUAGCCUGCUACUGCACGACAGCUAUGACUAUGACCUGCAGGACCAGGAAAAUGACAUCUUCCUGGGCUGGGAGAAAGGAGCAGCAAAGAAAUGGGGGAAGAGCAAGAGAAAGGGAGGGACUGACCUUAGUCUUGAAGAGAUGAAGAAACAAGCUGCUGUGCAAUGUUUGCGUUCAGCAUCUGAUGAAAAUUCUGGAAUUGAAAGCUUGGUUGAGGAACUUUGCUCUAAACUGAAAGAUAUUCAGAACAAACAGAAAGAAAAAGAAAAGCAUGGAAUUAAAAAAUCUGAUAUCUCUCAGUCCCCUGAGCCAGAUGAAUCACUUUCUUCUAAGGAUCAGGUUGAGAUGUACUAUGAAGCUUUUCCACCCCUGUCAGAAAAACCUGUUUGUCUUCAGGAAAUUAUGACGGUGUGGAACACAGCUAAAGCCUGCACAUAUUCCAGCUCAUCAUCAUCUGCUGUCCCUCAAACAAGCACAGACACAUCCUCUCCAAAAGACUGCACCAGCGAGGGUGAAGCCUUUAAAGACCGAACAGUUGAUGCACCCAGUUCCACCUCCACAACCAGCGAGAAGGCCCAGCAGCGACGCACUAAGAGGGAGAAGGAAAACAGAUUCCAUGGAAGCGCAACAGGAAUGCCUGACGAUCAGGUUGCUCCUCAUAGCAAGAGGCAGGCCAGACACCGGUCAGAGGGGAGAUUCCGUCCCCGAUCAUGGUCCUCUGGCUCCAGUGAGGCAGGCUCAAGCUCCAGUGGUAACCAGGGUGACCAGGCCCCUAGUUGCAAAUCAGUCCGCAUAAGACACAAGUCUCGUGAGGUCAGUGGCAGAAACAAAAAGGGCCGAAGUGGCGGUGGACAAGUCAAACUGGCCCUAAAAGUAAUUGACAAAGAGGAACGGAAAAAUGCACGAGGCAACAUGAGUACCACUGGAGGCCCACCUAAGCAACAGCAGCACUACAUGAAAAAAGGCAAGAGACCUCUGAGGGAGAUCCGCAAAGAUGCUAAUCUGGUCGAGGCACAGGAGUCUGGAGGAGAGGCCAGUAAAAAGGAAUAUAUGGAGGAGCCUCUUUGGUACACAGAGCCCAUUGCUGAGUACUUUGUCCCUCUCAGUAGAAGUAAAUUGGAGACAAAGUAUCGGAGUAAAGAAGACUCUUCCAAUGACCUAGCUAUGUCCAUUGACGUGGACUGUCUAUCGGAGAGAAUUCAAGGCAUCUGCAUUGCAAAUUCUUGUUUUCAAAGGGCAUAUCUUGCAGCAGGAACUUUCGUGGAUGGCCACUUCAUUGAAAUGCCUGGGGAAGGUGACGAAGAGGCUUCUGAACUAAAUGGGAUUCCAAGCUGCCCUCCUCCUGAAGAUGGUCAAGAUUUAGAUGAUGAGCAUCUGUCUGAAUUCACUCACUUCUAUGAAGUUGAUCUUUAUCAAUCCAUAUUGGAUCCUAGUGCCUCAGAUGCGGUACAAGAAAGUCGAAUCCUGAGCAUGAUUCGGCAGAAGAGCGUUGAAAGAAAACACUUUGAAGCAGGAUGUGUAGUUUUAGAUGGCCUUGAGCUGCAAGGGGAAAGUGCAAUAAGGGUUGAUUCUCUGGGAGCCUCAGAAGCAGAAGUUUCUAUAACACAAGAUAUGGAAAACAUCGCCCAGGUCUGGGAGUGCUGUUCGUCGUCUAGCUUGGAAGAUUUGGAAGGAGAAAGUUGUCCAGGUGAUUCUCCAGGCAGGCUCUCCCCAGUGUUGGACAGUGUUCCAUUUAAUUUUAGCAAGCUGUCUGGAGCUUAUGUAGGGUCUCGUCUCCAAGAGGCCAGUGGUAGCAGCUCUGCCCCAAACCCCUACUUCUCACUUUUUGAGGUGCAGUACGAUAGCCCUACCUUUUCUUUUCCAUGCGACUCACUCACAGGGGGUCAGGAAAAUGUAGAUUCAAGUAGCUGUUUAGAUCCACAAGGUAACAAACAAUCCCGUUUGCUAAUUUGGACCAAAAACAGUGCCUUUGAUGAAACAGAACACUGCUCUAACUUAUCCACAAGGACCUGCAGUCCGUGGUCCCACUCAGAGGAGACACGGUCCGAUAGUGAGCAGGUCAGUGCUCCAGCAGACGAAUCAGCUCAGUUUGGCAAUGAAGAGGUCAGCUGCAUCUCCCUUAUCCCACCUUUAUGCCUAGAGGAGGAGCUUUUAGAUUUCUUUCAAGAGAACUCUAGUCACCAGCAGGAAGAAACGAGUGUAAGCGCAGAGUCCAACCAACCCUUCAAUAAGAAAUCGAAAUUGGAGUCUGUUUGUGGCAUAGCACUAGAGCAAGAUGAAAGUAAACUCUAUAAUGCUGUUGUGUUUUCAGAUGUCCCAAAUCAACAAAGUGAUGAAUACACCUCAGGGAUAAUAAAAGACAUUUGGAUGGCUAUUGGAGAUAGAGACUGUGUCCUAACACUCGGGGUAAAGAAUACAGGGGAGCACUUGUUUUCAGAGGAUUCUACCAGCUACCAAUGCAGCUGUCUUGACAAGGAUGCAAAAGGAGAAAUUAUUCAAAAGAAAGCUGUGCAGUGUUCGGAGUAUCAUCUUUGGGAUGGGCAGAAAGAGAACGAUGGACUUCCUAAAAACAAGCUAACUAAAAUGAAUGAUGGGGAUUAUACUGCUCCGGCCAAGCCCUGGAAUUGUAACUCACAGGAAAGCACCUCAUUUAUUCUGGGUGGGGUUUAUGGAGAGCUGAAGACUCUAAGUGGCGACAGAGAAUGGGCAAUGAUUCCACCUGGUGAUGCUUGUGGCAGCUUGUUGCAGUGUGCAGCGGCCACAUCUUCUGACAUGGUAACCAUUGCUGGAGCGGAUGUGUUCAUGAACACAAGCAGUUGCUUUGCUCCUGGCCACAAGCCACUGUGGAGACCUAUUGUGUCCCUUGGUCAAAAUGAGCAGGCAACCAAGGGAACAGGGGAAGGUUUGAAUAAGGGAUUUUCUGUUGUCUUCCAUGAAGAUUUACUGGGAUCAUGCGGAGGCUUCCGUGGAGAAGAGUCGGGACUGGAUUAUCCAUUUUCAUCCUUUGAUUUGAACAACCCUUUUUCCCAAGUCCUGCAUGUGGAGUGCUCAUUUGAGCCAGAGGACAUGGCCUCUUUCAGUCCGGGAUUUAAGCCAAAAUCCAUAUUAUGCUCAGACAAGGAACCCUUUUGCCCUUGGUUAUAUGGCAUCAACCGGACUCAGUAUCGGGCCAUUCGAAUUUCCCCAAGGACUCAUUUCCGGCCAAUAUCUGCCUCUGAACUGUCUCCAGGUGGGUGCAGCGAGUCAGAUGUAGAGUCUGAGAAAGAGGAAGCAAGUAUUCCAGUUGGUCAAGCAGACCUCUUUGAUGACCCGCAGGCUGACCUUAAGCCUCUCGAGGAGGACGCAGAGUGUGAGGGCCCUUACUACGGGAAAUCUGAAUUGGAGUCUGGCAAGUUCCUACCCAGAUUAAAGAAAUCUGGCAUGGAGAAGAGUGCCCAGACGUCUCUGGAUUCGCAGGAGGGUGGGAGCACCCUUCUGCCAAUUACUGAACAAGAGAUUUGUGUACAUUGUGAGGUGGCAGCGGAUUCAGUGCCAUGUUCUCAUGUACAGUCUUCUGUUCUUCUACAAGAGGAGACUAGCGGAGAGACAGAGCCUUGCAAUUGUGUUGCAACUGGUCAGAUUCCUAAAAGUGGGAAGUCGCUGGAUGUUGCUCAAGAUAUGCAUGAGUUUCCUCUGUUGAAUUUUGGAGAACAGUGCUUAACCAACAUGCAACAAGAAGAGUGCUGGUGGCAAAGCUCGCUAUGUUCUCCUUUAUUUCCAGGUUCUCAGUGCGGAGGAAGCAGUAAUGUAUGAUUCUUCUGCCGAACAUGGAGACAUACCAAUGCUAAAGUCCUCCUUUCACUUUCAACCAUAAGCUUGAGGAUCGAUAUGAGGACCCUUGCAAGAACAGUGUGCCCAAGGCCUGCAGUGGGCUCUUACUUAACCACGCUGUCCUAAGCCCUGUUAUUCCUCAAUCAGUUCUUGUUUAAAAAAAAAAAAAAAAAAAAAAAAAAAAAAAAAAGGCGUAACGGCAAGAUAAACAAAAAUAUAAAAAGAGGAAAACCUGGCAAUAGGUUGAAAGUACAGGUAGACUAUUCUGGUCAACAGAAUUUAUUAUAGACUUGUUUUCAGUCUGUUAAUUCCAAGGUUGAUCCAUUUUGCAAAGAAUAAAAUGGCAUAGUUAAGCAUUAAGAUUGUUCUUUAAUUUACCCCUCAUAGAUUUUAGCUUCACUUUUAUGUUUGAUCAAGGAUACACUACAACUGUGGUCCUGCUGAUUGUGCAUGUGCUUGUGAACCUAGUCUCAGUCUUUCUAAUAGUCUAAGUUUCUGUGACCGAACUAUGAAUACUCAGAAGUCAGGUUGAAAGCACUAUGAUUGCGACACCCCUUUACUGCGCCAGAAAAUUGAUUUUUCCUACCUUCUAAAUAAAAUGUAGAGGAUAAGAGUUGUGUAAGGUUUGAUGUAUUAAAGAAAUUUGCGCAUUUGUCCCAGUCAACACACUUUUGCGUUAUUAUAUCAACCAUUAGUUGUUUUUCCCCGUUAGCUCUAUGCUGCUCUGAAAGCAUCUUAAAGAUAUAGAGCAGAGUUGUAUAUUGAGAGUAUAAUAAUACAAUAAUCAACUAAAACUGAGCUAAUAAAACAAGUUAACUGAAAAAAUAAUAAUUGAAAUUGCAUUUCCCUUUUAACCCAACCAAUUUGAUAUGUUUGCUAGAUUAUUUUAUCCAUUUGAGCUGAAAAAAGUUUUUUUUUUUCUUAUUUCCUUUUUGUUUGUGAGAUGGUUUGAUUUUGUGAAGUUACUUUUUAUUUUGUAAGCAUGUAUAAUAAAAAUGCCACAGAUAAUGGCUUCAAGUAUAUGGAAAACCUUGGUUGGAAAAUACCUGAAUUUUCUGUCCCAAAUAUACAAUUUCAUACAAGUUGUUUAAAACUGUAUGCACCAUACAGUUGAUAGUAAAUAUCAGUUAAGCUUUGUUGCUGUAACCAUUACCUUCUUCAAUGUUUCCUAAAGCUUAGUGUGACAUUUAAACGUUUCGGUUCAUUUUCUUCUCCUCACUCAACAAAAUUGUGACUAAUAAUUCAUUUUUGCAGUAAUGGCAGAUGAUUGCUUAAAUGUUGUUUAAUUUCAUGUAGCUUUUUCCAGAAAUCUAUGGCUGUUUUACUGUGUAAUCACAGAACGAGCAGUGUCUAUAGAACACUUAAAAUGAAGAGGGGUGUGUAAAAGCAAUAUAGUAUUUUGGCACACCAUAUCUCUACAACCUUACAUUGACAUAAUUUUGGGUUGAAGGCUAAGCUUAUUUGUGAUGUAUGUUUACUUUUAUUUGGUUACCUGCUCCUCUCCAAACUUCCAAAUUACUUUUCCUAACUAAGUUUGAAAAGUCACUUACAUAGGUUUUUUAUGACUUUGCAAAGGAAGGUGGUAUGGGGUAUGGUGUAACCCUUUUAUGUAAAACACAAUUAAUUCUGAGUUUAUUUAUUUUAUCUGAUACCAUCUUUUGCUUUUGUUUGCUUCUUGACUUUAACACAAUCAAACAUGUCUAGCCUGGAGGUCCCCCCACCCCCAUGUGAUUUAGUUUUUUUUUUUUUUUGUUACAAAUAAGAAAUUACUACAUGUGCUACAUCAGCAGAGUGUGAAGUAGUGUGAAUUUACAAGCAGAAUAAUAACAUGUGGGAAAAUGUAUUUCUUUUUGCAACACCCUCUAUGCUUUAUUUUUCUGUGUUGAAAAAUGUUAGUGUGCAUCUUUUUUUUCUGUACAAACGAGGGAAAUUGGUUUUAAAAUGUAAUUUGUUAAAUAUUUUCUGAUGGGAUCUGAAUGUGACCAUUAUUGGAAAAUGGCAAUUCCUUUGAAAUCAUACGAAAAAAAAAAAAACUAUUUAGGAUUAUUAUUAUUUUUUUUUUGCAUCGAAUGUCAAGAAAGAAAAAAGCUAAUGACCCUUUUCUAGUGAGUUUUAAUUGGCUUGUGCAGAGAUGCACUUUGGGUUAAAUUGAAAGAAAAGAAAAACAUGUCUUGACAGUAAAUUCUAUAGAGUAUUUUACAUAUUGGUGCUAACAUUUAUACACUACAUCUAACCUUCUAAAAGAUGUGUGCUUCUUUAACAGAAAUGGGUGUAAGGUUUGUUGAAGUGUGUUCUUCUAGACUAUGGAAAAGGCUGUAGACCAUAACCUUGAAGAAGUGAUUUUGUAUGACCCAGUUUGAAACUGCUUGUGUGUGUUUCCCCAUAUUUCUUUUCCACAGUGGUUAUGGGAGUGUGAUUGGUUUGCAAAGAUCAUAAAUAUGCAGUUCAUAGAAAUGUAUAGUGGUAGAAGCUGUGUGUGAUGGCAGAAAGAGUUAUUUUACUGUAUGAUAAAACUGGGUAUGGCAGCAUGAAUGAAUGCUUUUUAUUUUCUAUUUUUUUGGUUGAAAAUUGUUACAAUUCAGAUUCAUUUAUUCCUGUUUUAAACAAUGUCAGAUUCCAAAAUCAUUUUCUUUAAUCAGUACCUAUUUUUUUUGUUCUGUCAAGCACUUUGAGUAAAAUGUUGCCGUCCUCAAAAGUUCAAGUUACUGGACUCGUGUUAAUUUAAGAAAUGUUAAUGGGUGGGUGACAGAGGACAUCAAAAAAACAUUUUAGAUUUAAGCGUUUGAGAAAAUCCACAAAUAUUAAGUGAAUGUGUGUGAGAGUCAAAUCUAACGAAACGGCAUAGACAGAUUAUUUACUUUGACAGAAAUUUGAAACUGUUCCUCUUAGUUGAAACAGACUUGUUUUAAAAUGAAAGAGAGUGACAUUUGCAAAUGUUUUAUUUUUCAACUCUGUGUGAGGUGGUAUGGUUGCUGCAAAAACCAGAGUACUCUUUUUGUCUGUGGGAGACUAAAAAAUGACAUUUGUUGGAUUGAUUUCUAAGGGUUUGGUCAGUUUAUUUGGAGAGGAUGACUUAAGUCUGCACUUAAAGGUUUACAUUUUGAUUGCAAUGCUGUAAAACUUUUUAAAGCAGAACUAUCUCCAUUUCCUCUUUGUAACGGCUGCUUAACUGGAGCCCAAUCCUGUAUCUUCCCUCUCAAUACCUGAUGAAAGUCACCAAACCCCAACACAAAGUUGGUUGAAUUGUUCUAAUGCCAUCUGGGUACAUCAUUUUGUUUCAUUGUGAAGUUUCUAAACCUUUAAUAAACAUCAGGAAAAAAGUUAA